CGCAAUUGUGCUUGACCGAAAAGGCGGAGCGUUUCAAUAUGCUCUCGGGGCUCUUGUGGGGUUAGACUCGUUUUGGAAUUUGCCGGAAAAGUUCGGGGGCUGCGAAAGCGGAGUUUCAGCAGAUCAUGCAUCGGUAAUAAAAAAAGCUAAACCAGUGUAAUGGAGGACAAGAAGGAGGAAGGGGAAGCGGAGAUCCAGGAGCAUGGCCCUGAACACUGGUUUUCGAAUUGGGAGCGGCAGUGUAUGGCCGAGGCCGAGCAGGAGGAGCCGAUCGAGGAGGAGGCUGAUCAGAGCCACCAGAAACUAUGGCAUCUCUUCCAGAACUCCGCCACGGCGGUCGCACAGCUCUACAAAGACCCGGUGUGUCAGCAGCAGGGUCUCUCUAUGUGGGCACCUUUCCAGGGCGCCGCCACAGCCGUUACCAACCUCUACAAAGAAAGCAUGGAUGCACAUGAGAGGAGCUACGAUCUAGGAAUCCAGAUUGGAUACCAGCGGCGCAAUAAGGAUGUUUUAGCAUGGGUUAAGAAGCGACGGAGGACAAUUCGCAGGGAGGACUUGAUCGGUUUCCUGUGUGGCAAAGCACCUCCAUCGAGGACUUCUAGGACGGCGCCGAAGCUAAACAUUGUGCCUCCAAAUCGUCCGGCGUCCACAGAAAGUAGCUCUUCUGUAGAGGCUGACUUGCAGCCCUUCAGAGAAGCCAUUGCCUUGCAUGGUCUGAGUGGUGCAAUGGCAAGUAUUAGUGUACGUUCUGGUACCCCGGGCUCCCCCACUCACGUCAGCAGCAGCUCUGGUACCAGCCGCAGAAGAAAUGGACUUCACGACGUGGACUUAAACACUUUCAUAGCGGAGGAAAUGGCCCUCCACUUAGACAACGGGGGCACCAGGAAGCGGACCUCUGCCCAGUGCAGUGACGUUAUUGCAGACUCCCCCACCCAUAAACGCAAUCGAAUGAUCUGAACGAAUUCUCUCGUAACUUUGUUGCUUAAAAUAAAAAGCCACUUAAUCCUCGACGCGUCUUUUCUUCCUUUGCUAAAAGUGGGCCAUGAGACAGCCACAUUGAGAUAAGUGAAUUCACUACUGACUGCCAUAACUCAGACUAACAGAGCAAGCGAAUAUUGCUGAUUAAUGACUUUAUUUUAAACUCAGCGGAUGUCUCUUAGCACUUUGAGUUUGUCUUGGUUUAACAUUUCCAGGAUGAAGGCUGAAGUGACCUUACCAGUAUCUCAUUUAAAUGCCAUAUUAUUAUUAUUAUUUUUUACUUUAACUUUUGCCAAUCGCAAUAUGCACUCAUUUAGCAGUUAAUCUAUGAUUAUGGUUUUCUUACGUACACAGCCUUCUAACUUCUUUUCCCAUAACUUAAUUGCAGCUGUGAGGCCUGUAGAAUUCCAGUAAUGUAACAGUAUUGAGUAAAUUUCAUCUUAAAAGCAGCUGCUGUCUUAGUUUAGUCAGAGUGGUGCUAUCAGGAUGAUGCAGCAAGUGCGUUGCACACUGCACAUGCUAAUGUACUGGAAUCCUUUUGUUUUUAGCAUACUAAAGUUAUGUAAUCAACUGUUCCCCUUUAUCCAAAAUCUGAGAAAUCUUGCAUUUAGCAGUUCAAUAUUAUCUAAUGUGCACAUGCAUUUAGGUGCUUGUAUGUUGUGAUACAUAUUGUUUUAAAAAAGUGCAAACUAUUAAAUAGGUAUUGUACAGUAAUGAUUAUUGCAUUAAAGAGAUCUUUUUAACUA